UCUGACGAUGGGAAACAACUAUUUGAUUUUAUUUACCACUCUUCUUGUGAACCAAGUUCGGGGACAAUGCAAGUUCACUCCCAAUCAAUUAUUAGGCUCUAAUGGGGCCUUUACGUACCAGGAUGCCAAUGGUAAUCUUCAAUUGCAACUAUCAUCGGUUGUGCAAGUGGGUGCUACCUUAACAAUGUACUGUGGGGGCGAAGAAACCCAUACAAUCACAUGCAAACAAGAUAAGAAAAUAUUCUUAUUUGAACCUAAGUUGCCCAUUACCUGCGGUACAAAACUUUCUACAGACACGGUCAUUCGGUACAAUGAUAGAAAGGAAGAUUAUUCCGAUUGUAAGAAAACAAUGUAUUCCAUUGGACAUAAAAUAAAAGGACAAUUUCUCAAGUUAUAUGAUGCGUGCUAUGAUACUGUGAAAUUGAGAGCCGUUUUCACACAGGCUACAGUAUUCCCUCAUGUUGCUCAUCUCGCACGUCCUAAAGAUAUACUGUUUUCGCACGAGCCAGUAAUGUCGGCAUUUGAUGCAAAUUCGUUUUCUCAAAAUUAUAUAUACACAAGAUUUGUAAAACUCUAUGGACAAUCGCAGAAAUUUGUACCACUUAUAACUGACGUAAAAAAAGAAGUUAAAACAGAAGUUAAAACUGGUAUAAAUCGCGGCCACUUGACCGAUAGUUCAUCAUUUCUUUUUGAGGAUCAAAUAAGCUUGACGUAUAAGGUGAUAAACAUUGUGCCUCAGUUCGCUAGUAUAAACGGUGGAAAUUGGAAAAAAAUUUCGGAAUGGUUGAAUACGCUGUCAUUGAACAGCAGACUGACUGUUCGCACGGGGGCCAUGGAUACUCUACAACUAUUAUUUAAACAACCAAAUAGACGUAAUGUGAACAAACCAGCCUAUCUUAUUGAUGACGGAAAAAACCCAGUACCCAAGUGGAUAUACAAAAUAAUAAGCAGCAAUGCGCCGGACGGAACUCGGACUCCGAUGAUUGCGUUCCUUAGCUACAACAAUGAUAAGAUGGAUCCGGAGCCCUCAAAGACAUUGUGCACUGAAAUAGAAUGUCCUCUGGUAUUCGAUAUGUCGGUCGAGAGCGGCAAGAUUAAGUGCUGCAACGCCGUUACGUUCAUUAGAGAGUUGAAACAAAUAUAUAUAGAUGAUAAAUAACAAGUUUCCGAUCAAUUUGGAGGUAGUCUGUUGCUGGAGUGACUUUCGGCUGCGAUCCUGCCACAUUCC